GCUGAAGGAGGACGUAAGAGCCUGGCACCAGCAGCAACUGGGAGCAGCGCGCCGGAGCUAUAGCGUGAGCCUGAUCUGUGAGCGGCGGCGGAGAGCUCCCGACAGUGUUGCGCUGCCGCGGCGGAGAUGAGCGCGGCGGGGAGGCGCUGGGGUCGGCGGCAGCGAGCUCUGCUCUGGGGUGUUCUGCUGGCAGCGUUGGAGGCGGCGUGGGGGCAGCUGCGCUACUCGGUACCCGAGGAGAUGCCCAAGGGCUCGUUCGUGGGUGACGUGGCCAAGGACCUGGGGCUGCAGCUGCCGGAGUUCAGCGACCGCGGCGUCCGCAUUGUAUCCGAAGGUAGGACGCAAUAUUUCGUUCUGCAUGGGAAGACGGGAUAUUUAGUGACGGCCGAGAGGAUCGACAGAGAGCAGCUGUGCCGGCUGCUGGAGAAAUGCGUGCUGCGCUGUGAACUGAUAGUGGAAGGGGAAAUGAAGUUCUAUGAAAUUGAAGUGGAAAUCACAGACAUUAACGACAACGCGCCCACUUUUCGAGAGACAGAAAAGGAAUUGAGAGUGAGCGAGCUGACUGCCCCGGGGUCAAGGUUUCCCCUCCGGGAAGCACAAGACGCAGAUUCAGGAAGGAAUUCYCUGCAGAGCUACGAGCUGAGCGGCGACGAGCACUUCUCGCUGGCCGUGCAGGCGGGCCCCGGCGGYGAUCAGCGUCCCGAGCUGGUGCUGGCGAAGGCGCUGGACCGGGAGGAGGCGGCGUUUCACGAGCUGGUGCUGAGGGCGAGUGACGGCGGCGAUCCGGCACGGACGGGCACGGCGCAUAUUCACGUGACAGUGCUGGACGCGAAUGACAACGCUCCCGUGUUCAGCCAGGCGGAGUACACGGUGCGUGUGCCCGAGGACGUGCCCGUGGGCUCCGUCCUCGUCACAGUUACAGCCACCGAUGCCGAUGAGGGUCUGAAUGGGCACGUGAAAUACAGCUUCCAUAAAAUCUCAGACCGAGCCGCAGAACUUUUUCAUCUUGACUCUGACACAGGAGAAAUAUCUGUUAAAGAUCAUCUGGACUUCGAGAAAAUCUCCUCCCAUGAACUGGAGGUGCAGGCACAUGACGGAGGAGAGCUUUCUGACACGGCGAAAGUUGUUAUCACUGUGACAGAUGUCAAUGACAACGUACCAGAGAUUUCUGUGCGAUCGGCCCUGAGCUCGAUCUCAGAGGACGCCCCGCCAGGAACUGUUAUAGCCCUGUUGCAUGUGCAAGACCGCGACUCGGGGGCGAGCGGCGAGGUGCACUGCUCGCUCGAUAGGGAUAUCCCUUUCCGGCUACAGAGCUCGCAGGGCAGCUACUACAGCGUGGUGACAGCGAGAGAACUGGACCGUGAGCAGGUGUCCGAGUACAACGUGACGGUGCGGGCG